AACCACACUUUUGCUGCCAUCUGAUUCGAAUUCAUGAUUUUUUACGUUCGAUUUUUUUCUUUUUUUUUCGUUGAAGAUAAAACAACAACAAAUAAAAUGUUUUCAUUAUUAUUACGUAAAUCUAAUCAACAAUCAUUAUUCAUAUCGAAAAUUGUUAAUCAAACAAUAACAAAACGAACAUUGAUGGAACAACAACAUGAAAUUGUAUUUCAUAAAGUAAAUUCCAUAAUUGAAUCAAAAAAUUUUGGUCAAACAUUUGCCGUCAUACAUCUUUAUGGUAAACAAUAUUUAGUACAUUUAAAUGAUAUAUUUGCUGUAAAAACAGCAAUACCAGCCGAUAUUGGUGAACGUAUAAAAUUGGAAAAAUGUUUACUUGUUGGUAAUGAAAAUUUUACAUUAAUUGGACGUCCGGUAUUAAAUCGUGAUCUUGUACAAGUUGAAGCAACAAUCAUUGAAAAAACAAUGACACAAACAAAUAUGGAUAUGUUUCAUAUACCACGUAAACAUGGUUUUAAACGUUAUCGUUUUAAUCGUGAACCAUUAACAAUGUUACGGAUCAAUGAUAUAACUGUUUGUCAUCCAUUAAAUACAAAUCAAAAACAGAUUAAUUAAUCCCUUUCCCAUAUACAAUAAUAACCUUUUCAUUAAUAAAUAUUUGCAACAAACAAAACAAAAAACAAUGCCAUGGCCAUGUUCGGUAUAAUUUGUAUAAAAAAAAUUAGUUUCGAA